UCUUCCUCUUGGAUUCUCUCUCUCUCUCUCUCCCUGCCUGCUCUUUCUUCUUCUUCCUGCACCUCUCUCUCUCUCUCUCUCUCUCUCUCAUGGCUGCUGCCAUUAAAGUUCUUCUUUACAGCUAAAAUGCCCUUUCCCCCUUAGGUUUCUUCUUCAACUUUUUACUUUCACUUCCCACCUCUUCCUUUCUUUCCACAAUCCUGCUUCUCACUCUUUCGCAAUGAAGUCUUCCACUGUGCUUGAUUCGGCUACUUUUCAGCUCACACCUACUCGAACCAGGUGUGAUUUGAUUAUAUCUGCAAAUGGAAAGUCUGAGAAGAUAGCUUCGGGUUUAUUGAAUCCUUUUCUUGCUCAUUUGAAGAUUGCACAAGAACAGAUGGCCAGAGGUGGUUAUUCCAUCACUCUCGAGCCAGACCCUCGCAGUGGUAGUACAUGGUUCACAAAGGGUACCAUGGAGAGGUUUGUUCGAUUUGUAUGCACCCCUCAAAUCUUGGAACGUGUGUACACUAUUGAAUCAGAGAUCUUACAGAUUGAGGAGGCAAUUGUGAUUCAAGGAAACAAUGAUACGAGGCCAAAUGUUGUGGAUGACAAGCAAGGAAAGCCUACAAAGUCUCCCGAAAGCACCACCGAAGGUUCUAAAAUCAAUGGAGCAAGCAAGUCUCUUCUGGAUGGUAACGAGGAGAAAGCAAUUGUUUUGUACAAGCCAGAUGCAAACUCACUGGAGCCCAAUGGACACAUGGUGUCAGAGGAGAACUCAAAAGCUCAACUUCUUAAAGUACUUGAGACACGCAAAACUAUGCUGCAAAAGGAGCAAGGAAUGGCUUUUGCUCGAGCUGUUGCUGCUGGUUUUGACAUUGAUCGGAUGCCACCAUUGAUAUCGUUUGCAAACAGCUUUGGAGCCUCUCGGUUGAUGGAUGCAUGCUUAAAAUUCAAAGAACUAUGGAAAAGAAAGCAUGAAAGUGGCCAAUGGCUUGAAAUUGAAGCAGCAGAAGCGCUGUCCAGCCGGCCAGACUUUUCCCCUUCUGUGAAUACGUCAGGCAUUAUACUUACAAGUUUGACUGACAAACAGACAGAAUCUAGAGAAACAUGGUCUGAAUCUCCAAACGAACCAUCUUCAACAAAUAAGGGGAAUGCAAUUACAGAUGGUAAUGCACCUAUGAUGUACCAGUCACCGCCAGGCCACCAAGAGUAUCUUCAAGGACAGUAUCCUCAUCAUAUGUACCCUCCCUGGCCCAUCAAUUCUCCUCCAGGUGCAUUACCUGUCUUUCAAGGAUACCCCAUGCAAGGAAUGCCUUACUAUCAGAACUAUGCAGGCGGCAGCCCUUACUUUCAUCCACAUUAUCCAGUAACGGAGGAUCCUCGUUUGGGUGAUGGUAGAAGAAUGGGAGGCAAAAGGCACUCCAUGGAUGGUGGAGAUAACUCAACUGAACCAGAAACCUGGGAGACAAAUGCUUCAAAGGCAAGAGUACCUGAUGAUGCUGAAUCAGAGGAAGAGGCGUCAGAAGAUCAGAGAAAAUCUGGUUACUCAGGUAAAAAGAAAUCAGGUGUGGUUGUCAUCCGCAACAUCAACUACAUUGCUUCGAAGCGGCACAACUCAUCAGGCAGUGAAACAGAUUCACCUUCCGAGAGUGGUAGUGGGGAAGAUAGAGAUUUGCAGGCUAUUAGUCCAGAAAUUAAACACAAGAAAUCCACUAGAUCAUCAAGAAGCAAAGGAAAACAUCUAAAUUUUGGAGAUCAAUCAAAUACUCCAGCGAAAACUGUUUCACCAGAAGCAGAUGGACAUUGGCAGGCAUUCCAAAGCCUUUUACUUCGAGAUGCUGAUGCAGAAAAACAUCAUGCUGAUCAAAGCCUGUUUACUAUGGAGCGUGAGACCAAGCAGAAAAGGCGACAAAAUAAAGUUGGUGAUGAUCCACUAAUUGCUCAGGGAUCAAACAGAGAUGAAAUCCAAGAAAAUGGUGCUACAGACAUUGAUAGAAUUGGUGGUAGAAUCAACCGUGUGUCAAGGGCAUCAAAUGAUGAAUUAUUAACUUCUCGAAGAGAUGGUAUAUCUGGGGAUGGUCAUUUGAAUGUGCAGGCUAGAGAACUAGAUGGAGGAAGAAAUGGCUACAGGAGGCCUGGUAGUGAUGAUUUUAUGGUUUAUGGUCAAAAGGGUCAAACUCUCUCUAACGCCCACUCAGAUCCAUUAGCUGUAAGCGGCUUGGAUAUUAGAAAAACAAGCUAUGAUAAAAAAAAUUCAAAUAAUUUGGAUGGUGAUUCUUACAUAGUUCCAUUAAGAUCGAUGUCAAUGGAUGCAGUUGGAAAGGAUGGUAGAACUGCUGUUGACAUGGAUUCUGAGUUUCCAUCUUCAAAUCAUAAGGCAGAAAAUUUGUCCAAUAGAAUUGCUACCUACGAGCCAGAUGUACUGAAUCUGAUGCCAAAACGUGAAACAGAAAAUGAACCUGCUGGUUAUGAUCCUGCUUUAGAAUAUGAAAUGCAGGUUAAUGCUGGACGCAUGCCAGCAGUGGCUAAGAAGAAGGAAGUGGUAACUGAUGUUAAAAAAGGAGUUAAAAGGUUGGACAAUGAUCGUAAGCCAAAAAUCACUCCAGAUAGGAAAGCUGGGGGGCCAAUAAGGAAGGGAAAACCUUCUAAGUUGAGUCCUCUAGAUGAAGCACGAGCACGUGCUGAAAAGCUAAGAACUUAUAAAGCUGAUCUCCAGAAAUUGAAGAAGGAGAAGGAGGAGGAAGCAAUAAAAAGAAUAGAAGCUUUGAAGCUAGAGAGGCAGAAGAGAAUUGCAGCAAGGGGUAACAAUAGCAACUCCGCUCAGUCGUCAUUGCCCUCUCAGCAAACUAGAAAGCUCCUGCCAACAAAAAUGUCACCCAACUCUCAGAAAGGAUCAAAAUUUAGUGAUUCAGAUCCAGGACCAUCAUCUCCUCUGCAAAGGUUCCCCAUCAGAACGCCUUCAAUUGGUUCCAACGAUUCCAACAAAACUACAAAACCCAGCAGAUUGAACGGUGGAAAUCACUCAGCUGGAAACCGGUUAAUUCAAUCUGUACCUUCAUUAACUAAACUAAAGAAAGAGAACAGUGAUGCCACAAAUGACAAAAAAGUAUCCAUGGCUCGUAUCAGAAGAUUAUCAGAGCCAAAAAUGAGUAUCAGCAAUCAUUCUUCUUCUACCAAGACACGAAGCACUGAGCCAGCUAUAAAGGCAAAAGUAACUAAUGAGACUGAGAGCAAAAAGAAGAUAUCUGCUAUAAUGAAUUUGGAUAAGAGCAAGGCUGCAACUCUUCCGGAACUUAAAAUUAGGACGACCAAGGGACCUGGUGCUACAAUUGGCAACUCAAUAGCACAAGAAACAAUGCAGAGUGUGAAUCAUCCAUCAGUUUCUGAGGGUGCUUGUGCUUCCAUGGAAAGGAUUACUGCCAAAGUCACACAUCAUAAUGAACUGGAUGACAACUCUGUUGUUGAAAAGACCGUUGUAAUGCUUGAAUGUGAGAAGCCCUCCAUCCCUACAGUUCCUGCUUCUAAAGACAAUCUUAAUCCCCAAAUUAAAGUGUCCGGUGUCAAUAGGGAACCCAUCAAGCACCAACCACAGAGUCAGUUGAGUUCUCAUGAGGUGACAGCGGAUGGUGCAUCAGAUCAGGACGUACAAAAAUUUUCAUCUCCCAGUACAACUGAAAAAUCAUAUAAAGCUCCACACGUUCGUGUUUCUUCUUUUGAAGAUCCUUGCACACGCGUUUCAGAGUACGGAAAGGCAAUCCCAUCAGAUUUGGAGAGUGCAGCAAAAGUCUCUGGAACGACAAAAGCUUAUGUUCCUGAUUAUGGAGACGCACAAUUGGAAAAGAUUCCUGAAGCACUGGAGAAGUCUGAGGUAAAAAAAUCAUCAAAAGGACUUAGACUGCUACUGAAGUUUGGAAGGAAGAAUCAAAGCCCAACCACAGACGAGCAUAAUGAUGAAUCAGAUAAUAUCAGCGGAAAUGAUUCUGAAGCCAAUGAUGUUGGGACUAAUACCACUUCUCACAAUGAAGUUCCUACACUGAAAAAUCUGAUAUCUCAAGACGAAACCCCCACCGCUAGCAAAACUCAAAAGUCCUCUCGCGCAUUUUCCCUGCUAUCACCUUUCCGAAGUAAGAACAGUGAAAAGAGAAAUGCUUAAUGUGGGUUUUGUGGUUCCAUUAAAUACGUGAAGUUGAGGAACAUCAAGUUCAAGCUUGUCAUUUGGCAGCGCAAGUGUGCUUGGGUUACGAAGGAUACAACGGGUUUGUUAUUUAUUCUUUCAUUACUGUGGCUUAUAAAAUAUCUUCAGUAACGUUAUCUGAAACGUGGUCCUUGUAUAUUUUACAUGUUUUUCCAGUAAUGAACUUCCAUGUAGUAAUAUCCAUUAUGGCUUAUUAAAUGAAAGCCAGUUUCAAAUUAGGCAAAAUUUUGAUCUACUGUUCAGCUGGUUGCAGCCUCCACAAACUGAAAAAAAGGCCGUGUGUCAUACUACUCAAGGAAUUGAGGAACAUCACUUGGAAAAUAUCAAAUACCUUGGUAAUGUUUCCUUUAUUGUCUAAAUGAUUGUAAGAGGAGAGACUGGAGAGUGGAGACCAUGUUAUUCUCGAAUGUGCUCACUCAAUCACCGAACAGGGACGGGCAUCAAGUCUGAAACAGGUACUUAUGUUAUGAAUUUGAUAAUCAGUCAUCAAUUCAUCAUUAUGGAUUCUGCAGCCUUACUUACAGUUGCUAGCUUUUCAAUGACCCUUGAUGGAGGAACUGGGUGGAUCUGUUCCACCCAUUAUCCUCAUUCCUGCCCUAAAUUAUAUCCUCUUAAAGUGGAUUCAAUACAUGAGAAUAUCCAUUCUAAAGUAGAUUUUAUAGAAUAACUUUAUUUUAGCUCUCAUAUCCACGUCUUUGUCAUUUUAGAAAGGAGAUGAUCAUUUAUGUUACUGAUAUGAUACGAAACUUACCCUAACAAUAAGCUAACAAUGAGCUUAAACUUUUUUUGGUUAA